UUGCCCCGGUGACCCCUCCUCCUCGCGCAGAGCAGGAGGAGCGCUCGCGCGUUGACAUUCCCGCCUCGCAUCUCGUGAACAAGCACCCCGGUUUCAAGGCGCCAUGAGUAAGUCUGGCGCACAGGGAGUAAAGCGCCUGUUUAGAAUAAAAUCACACGACAAAGAGAGCAAGGAGCGAAAACCGUCAAAUGAAGCCGCGACCAGCCCCCGGGACAAGUCGGGCACCCUACCGGCGAGCCCCGGUCCCCUCAGCCCGGGACGCAUCUCCCCAUCGGACGGGGACGUUCCACCCGCCGCCCAGAGAGAGAAGAAGGGAGGCCGGCUGCUGUCGUUCAGGCUGAAACGGAAGAAGUCCAAGCGCAAAGAUAAAGAAGAAGAAGCAGCAGGAGGAGGAGAGGUCUUCUUCCCUGAUGAGCUGGACAGCUUCGACAGUCACUUGAGCUUCGACCAGAUCAGUGUUUCCACAGAGUGUAACUUCCGGACUGAAUCGGACUGGGAGCCUCUUUCGGAGUCCUCCUCCAUGAUCAACUUCGACAUGACUCAGCCACACGGCUUCAAGUACUCCAAGGGCUCGGAGGAGAAGAGAGGAAUGCUGAAUCGUCUCAGCCACUUCUUCAGCUCCAAGAGAAAGAAGAGCAGCAGCAGCAAGCAUCCUUCAGAGGCGUCCCCCGACGUCAGCGCCCCCACGGGCUCACCCCGGUCUCUACGGGAGGGGGACGGGCACAAGACGCCGACUCCGUCUAGAAGAGACAGUGGGGACUGCGGAGCGGAGAGCGCCGACGCCCUCAGCAGGACCUCCAGCCUCAGCGGCUCCAGCGUGGUCUCCGUGCUCGCCGCUGAAGCAAACAGCGACAGCAGCGGAAGAAGCAGUGUGAGGGAAGCGCCCGCCCGCGGGGUCAGCACGGCUGGGGAUUCGACCUCCACCUCUCCGGACGCGGCUGCCACCAAUCAAUCGGGAGGCGGCGUGAGCGAGGCGCUCAGCCCGACCACACGGUCAACGUUUAACAUCUCCCUCUCCAAGGUGGCCGAGGGCCCCACGUCCCCAAACCUCACCUCCAUAAGCUUAGCGUCAAAGACAUCCUCCCUGAAGGUUGGAGAAAAGGGGCACAGCACCACUCUGAGGGGGAUAACGUUAGGCUCUCAGUCCUCCGCCUCACACCCCACCAGCAGCCGAAGGGAAGGCGGGGACUCUCCAGACACAGCCAGGGAGAAGAAGAGGAGGGGUCAGUUGUUCACGUGCGACGCCACAACAGAGAGCGAGCCAGCGCCCCGAGGUGGAUCUCCCGCCCAGCUCCACAAAGCCAUAUGGGUGGAGACGCACCUGGGGCCGGAGGAGGAAGGGGAGGGGGAGGACGGGAGGGAUGUAACGGAACAAGCGGAGCAGGGCUUCAGAGCGGACUCGCCUCCCGUCCUGGCAAUACCUGUCAACGUGAUUCCUGAGGACGACUUGUUCCCUCGGGUCUCUGCCCCCCCCUCAGAGCCCAGUGGCAGCUUGCCAGAGUCAGCCGGCUCCUUGCCCGCCCCCCCACAGCCAGGAGAGCCUGAAACCGGCUCCAAGCAAAGUCCAGUCAGGGAGAAGCACGGACCCACAGACGUUUGGGUGACGCGCAAGACCGUGAACCUGCCUUCAAAACACAAGGUUUUUGCCGAAAGGGUCCAUGUUACCCCGGAGACGGGUUUGGACGGGACUGAACCAGCGGAGGAGGAGCCGAGCAUAGAUUUGUCUACAAAGACUUCAGACACAACGGCAGGAAAAGCACUGCCAAGCCUCCAAAACAACAAGGUAAAACCUGAGGAAGCCGGGAGGAAGCCAGGAACCACAGCCGGGACGACGCACGCACACACAAACACUCCGGAAACCGUCGUUGAGAAAAAAACAGACUUUGAGGCCACAAACUUUGAAGAUACUUCUGGGACUUCAGACAUGCACAGAACUAAGUCUCAAGCGGUGCGGUCUGGGUUGAGAGGCCAAGGAACCAACCAGGCCACAGCCUCUAAACCAGGGCUCAAAGCAGCAGCAGCACAGAGUGAGCAGAGCACGUCCAGUGGAGCAAAGACGCCGUCGUCAGCCAGCAGCAAGACCAAAAAUGGAACAACAAAGGCUAAGGCCUCCGCAGAGAGCACAAGGGCGCGGACUUCCAGUGAUACGCCACCACAGAGGGGACCUGGUGAUGAUAAAAUCGUUUCAUUAAAGGACCAAAGCUCCAGUCCCUCAGGUUCAAAGUCUAAAAUCCCCAAGAGGUCAGCAUCAGAUGCUGAUGUGAAAUCGCCAGUGACGCCAGAUAAACCAUCGGCGACCGACGCCGCGUUGCCACUGGUCACUUCCAAAGGGCAGAAACUACCCAGAAGCAAAGAAGCUUUAAAAUCCCCGCUUCCUGCCACCGAAACAGGCAGAAAACCCAGUUUUGAAGAGAAAGCUCAGUCAGGAGACAUUUCUCCCACUAAAACACACAAGAUAGCAACAAAGCUUACUAAUGAAAAAACGCACAAGGGCCGUGACCCUAAAACCCUGGUAAACGGUGGGGAGAAAGACUUCGAAGAGAGUCGUAUCAGACCGGGACCCACAACUGACCGGGAGGGUCUUGGUGACCAAAAACAAGGGCAAAACCGUCUGGAUGAUAAUGUCUCCUUGGCAUCAAAGAGCCGGUUGCCCGUUUCAUCUCCCACAAGAAAAAGGAACGAUGCGAUUAAUGCAACUUUAAGCAACCAUGAUGAAAAAUUGACAUCUCGUCAGACGGAUUCAGACGGAUCCAGCAGAGUGCAGAAGCCGAGUCCAGAGCAGGAAGAAGUAACUCCACCGCUCCCCGGAAGUCCCAAGAAAGGAAGCAUGCUGGCAACCAAACCAUCCAAACCUCUCUCUAAAAGAAGCAGCAGCCACGAAGAGAGGGACACGCCGACCGGGUGUGUCCCUCAACCUCCCACCGAGCACGGCAGAGACGUGUCAUCAAGGCUCCCCAAACAGAGUGACAACAUCAAGCUCCCCAAAGGUUCUCCUGAUCCCUCAGCUUCUGUUAGCAAGCUUCCUACAAGGGGUCAGAGAAGCUCCAGCAAAGAAAAGCCCAGAAAACAGACAUCUGCUGAGACUUCUGUAAGCACACCAACAUGUAAACGGGAGGUCUCCAACACGGAGACAGCUGACGCAGCAUCUGAGCGUGGCACAGCAGAUGAAGGGAAGGAGGAGGCUGGUGGUGACGCACUCACAGUCACGUCUCUGUCUCCAAAGGAACAGCAGCCAGUGAUAAAACGGACAGACAAUGCCUCCAGUACCGGGGAAGGCAAGCUAAAAGGAAAAGCGACCAAAGAAUUACAAGAGAGCAUAACCAGUCCUGCAGCUGAGGGGAUUAAGAGAGUCCGUCCAACGCAAAACAACAAUGCCAUUAUUCCAGUGAACGUUUCUCCGGUUACUGAGGUUGCAGAGGAAAGUCCAUCUCAGCUGCCUCUCACCGGUGUGAAGGAUUCUAAGGCUGGUUUCCAGCUUAAGAUCAAACAACCAACAAAAGUUGAGUGUACUGAAAAGGAAGACAUCGAGACAUCGAUUGCACCAAAGAUUUGUCAAGAAGAAGUAAAAGAGAAAGACAUUUUAGGGACAACAAAGCUUACAAGUAACCGUAAAGCAGAUUUAAUCCAGGAGAGAGGAGGAGUUACUGAUGCGUCACCCAAACCGGUUCCGGUUGAAACGCCACACAGUGACAUAAUAAGCUCCUCUGAUCAGGAAGGUUUUUCCCUCAAAGAAACAAAAAAGGUCCCCUCUGAGGAAUAUAACAGCAGCAAUAGUGUCCCUGCUAAAGAUCAGGAUGCUGAACCAACUGAUAUUACUUCCAUUGCUGUUUCAGUUGAAUCUAACUUGGCCAAUGUAGAGCAUCAAAAAGGGUUAUUGGAGGAUCAAACAACUAAUAUCAUUCUUAAAAAUGAUUUAGUAGCAGAUUUUGAGGGCAAAGAGGAGGUUGGCAGGAAAGCAGCACAGACUGUGACUGUUUGUGAAUUUCCCAAGAAUGUUGAACAUCAGCUGGACAAAGAGUCUCUUUCACUGACGGGAGAAUUUGAAAGCGCCGACUCACAAGACAGUUGCAAAAAGGAGCCAGAAGGCAAACCUAUCGAAGAUGAAGCAGAGCAAGUAACCACGAAAACCUGCAAGCGGACGGGUCCGUCAUCAGGGGGACAAAUGUCUCCAGUCUGACUCAGGAGAGGGACCACAGACCGAAGGUGUGGAGGCCCUGGAAGAGAAGGAGGCGGAAGCAGAGCAAGCAAGAAGCGCUCUCCAUGAACAUACGAACACGGACAGCGUGGUUGACACCGAGCAGGAAGCUCACAUCAUCUUAAAAGAAAAUGCCAAGAGUGGUGAUAAGGAACCCCAUCAGCAUCUGAAGACACAAACAGGGAAUAAAACACUGGAAGCCAAAGUACUUCCUGCUAAAGAAGAGGCGGUUGAGUAUGAGGAAGCAACUCACUCACCAGAACCGAAAGCUGUAAGAACUAAAACUACUACUCCUAAAGAAGAGCGAAAAACAGAGGAAAUGCUGAUGGAGAAUUUACCAAUUGAGACGGUCGACUCAGAAGUCAGGAGCCACAAGAAGCAGAAAACCGGGAUUGCAAGAGAGCAAGAUGAGAACAUUACAAACAGAGAAGCAGUAGAAAGUGUUAACAGUUCAACAGAGUCCAAAGAAGAAGCUCCAGAGCAGGAAACAGAAAGGCCCAUUUUACAGAUGCAUCCAGAAGCACAAAGCAGUGAAACCCCGAGGGCUGAAUGUGCUAAAGAAGAGACCGAAACAAAGGACGUAUCUGUUGAGACGGGCAUUACCAGUGCUGGCAGUGAAGUUAGCAGUCAACAGGAACCCAUGUCCAUAAUUGUCGGGGAUCAACAUGAGGAAAUAAACAAACAAGAUAGGAGCAGAUCAACAAAAUCUAAAGAUGCAAAUACUGACAUAAAACGGGCACCGGAUGGAGCAGAAGCUCCAGAGAAGAUAUCCCAAAGCCAAAUUGAAGAACUGAAGUUUGUGAGCACCAAAACUCCAAGUGCAGAGGGAACUAAAGAAGAGCGUGAACCCGAGGAUUCCCCCCUGAAGGCUUCGGUGAGUGAGACUGCGAUUAUGAAUUCUGACAGCGACGUUAGCACCCAACAAAACCUCAUGUGCAGACCUGGUAGGGACCAAGAUGAGAACAUAAAAAACAAGUUGCCUGACACCAAACUCCCAAAUUGUAACCUGGAGCAGGCCCCAGAGACAGUAAGAACUGAAGAUUUAAAAGCAGAUACAACUGAAGAAGCCCCCCCUAUGAGCACUGAGGGCGAGAGAAAGGCUGAAACAAAGGAUCCAUCAAAAAGACGUUUGGGGAAUGAGAGGGCAGCUGCAGGCGCCCGCUUUGAGGAGAGCAGUCAACAGGAUCAGAAGUCCGUAAUCGCUAGCACCAAGACCGAGAGCGCUGACGGAGCACAAGACCAGACUGAAACAAAGGAUCCAUCAGUGAAUGAGACGGCAGUGAGGACAGGAAGCCAAAUUCAAGAACUACAAGAUCCAUCCCCA